AUGAAGCAUUUCUCAACAUUGUAUGUCUCAAAGACGUAUGCAUCUUCAACCAACUCCGAAAAUGCCAGAAUUCCACGACCCCAAUUCAGUGCAUCAGAUGUGCCCGUAAUGUUAUUCACUGGAACGCUGCGUAUCCGAGUGUUGGAGGCUCGUGGACUUCGUCCCACCGAAUGGUCUCGUCGGUUCACACAGAAUGAUACGGCAGCUAUUGAUGCAUACAUCAAUGUGGAUUGGGACGAAUUUCAUGUUGGAAAGACAAGCGUAAGGACGAAAACGAAUGAGCCAAAAUGGAAUGAAGAAUUUGUUGCUAAUGAUGUACACUCUGGGAGAGCGGUCGGCUUUACGGUCUUCCACAAUUGCGUUAUGCCACCGGAUGAUUUCGUUGCCAACUGUCGGAUACCAUUUGAUGAAUUGAAAAUUGGUUCGAAUAACGAAAUUUGGGUUGAUUUGGAACCACAUGGACAACUUCAUAUUGCUCUGGAGCUUCAUGGAAGUUCCGUUGAAGGUACGCUCAUUUCAUUUUCGUCUCGUCAAGAGUCAUUAUUCAAUUUGUUAAUUAUCAAUGAGCUUGCGAGAGGAGGUGUUAGGUAUUAA